AGCGCGGCUGAGACAGAUUCCUUGCCUUCAGCUCUCGCCUACGACGCCACCUGCAGAAAGAUGGAUGGAUGGAUGCAGGCGCAGGCUGCACAGGCACUCUAGGCUGCCCUGGGUUAGCCGAAGCCCGUAUUCAUGCCCCGCGGCAUCUGGGGACUCGCCAGCAAUUCCGAUCAGGCUGCAUGUUCCCAUCAUGACCUCCAUGCACGAGCUCGGCAAGGCUGUCCUAGACUAAUAUGACCGUCACAACGGCGACGUGAUCAAGGUGUGAGAGCAGAGAAUCGCUUCAUGGAACAGUCGCGAUCACUGUAUCGCAUACUCCUCGAAGAUCAGGCGCCUGCGGCAGCUGCCUAUACCGAGUCAAGCGCCGAUUCCUGCUUUUCUCCCGAUUCAGGCCAGAUUCAAUUGAGAGUCUUCGUCAGGCAGCAUCACAACGAUACGAAAGCGCUUGAAAAGCCGAUUUUGCAAAGCCAGGAACCGCCCUCACCAGGAGCAUUGCCCGAUGGACCGGAUUGGGAGGAACCAAGGUCCCUGGAUUUGCUGGAUAUUCAUUCACCAGCAGACCUCCUGGAGUUCUACAAUAAGGGAAAGCAUGACACCACCAUCUUGUUGGUUACUAUUCCGAACCGACACGGACGAGCACUGACACGCGUCUCAGCUUCGUUGACCAGAAGACAUCACGGAGCCGCGUGAACAUCAGUCUCGCUUGCUUCACAACUCUCCUACAGACAUAUCAGGUCUCAGCUCACCUUUUAGACUUCAUGUGCUGCUUUGGGCGUCCUAGCGGUGAGAUGCAGCUGGCUCCACCUCCUAUACAAUUCAGGUGGCACCCAGACGAGGGUCCUGACUUUGUGAAUGGUUUUGAUUGCACAUACAUCCUCCGAUUCGUCGAGCCCAACAAUCGAGGCGAAAAGAAUCCAUAUUCCCUCCGCCAGGCACUCGUAUUCCAUCGUUGCUCGUCUUUUUCUACGUGGCUCUUUGUCGCAUUGUCGAAAUCUAUGAGCUUGACUUUGCAUUCACAUCUAGCCUCACGGGAUGACACACUUCCGGAAAAUCAGUUCUCACUUCACCUGAUCCUCAUCAAUGCCGCUGCAGCAACAUGGCGGAGCUAUCUUUCAUAUAUCGCCGAGGAGGUUCGGAAUGUUGCAGAACAGGCGAUCCUGGCGGACUUUGACAACGACGGAAUCCACUUGGGCGAGCUCGAGGAACGACAGUACCUCAAACAACUAGAAGAUAUGAUUACCGAUCUUAUGACUGCUGUCGAUUCAUCCCUGGACAUAUGCUCGACAUUGCAAGUGAAGCACUCCAGAUACGCUGAAGAGCAAUCUCAAGGACGUGCGCAGCCGUCACGACGACGUCUUAAUGAGCUGUUCAACCAAGUGAUUGCCGAAAAAGAGCGCGACUUCCGUCAUUAUCGGGCUCAAGCCGAUGUACUCCGCAUGAGAAUACGCAGCGCUGAGGCUCUGGUCACCAAUAUCCUUGACCUUGGUAAUGGCAACACACUGAAAAUGCUGGCUCUGGAAGCGCAAAGGGAGAAUCAGGCCAUGCAAGCUCUUACGGUGAAAGGCACAAGGGAUGCAGCUGCUGUCAAGGUGCUUACCGUUGUCACAUUGGUGUACCUUCCCACCACCGCUGUGCUGAAUUUCUUUUCGACUUCAUUCGUGGACUUUGGCAGAAACGGGAAUGGUUCACCCGUGCUCACAGUUGCCAGGAACUGGUGGAUUGCUCUGGCGGUAGCCGCCCCUCUGACCGUCAUCACUAUUUACAUCUGGUGGUUUUACGUGGAAAGUUUUGUCUACCAAACUCCACCAACUUGGUGGCGCUUGCUCAGUAGAGGAUUCAACCGCAUCCCGACGACGCAAAAGUGGAAGCGGCGACAUUCUGAUGUUAUCGAUCGAGAAAUGAACAAUUUGUAGCAGGUUCACCACACAAUGCUGUCGACUUGGUGAGCCAUGUUUCACCGGUCGGAUUUAU